GCUAGCUUCUACAGGUAGCAACACCAAGAACUCCCCACCUACCACCAGAUACACCAACUCUAACCCGUCAAAAGACUUGCUUUCUGUCCAACUACAUUAAGCCUGACAGAAAUACUCACCAAGGAUGGCCAGCACCAGUUUCUUGCUGCUUCUGCUGGGGGGCUUGUCCAUCAUACAAGGCUUGACUGCUUUGAUUCUGAAACCACCAACCCACGAGUGCCCACCACAGUGUAAGAUUUUCUGUGAAUACGGGUUCGUCUUAGACUCCUAUGGCUGUCCAACCUGCCAGUGCAAACAACGCCCCGACUGUCCUUUCCUUAAAUGUCCUGCUAUUGACUGUCCUUAUGGAAGACUAGAGGAAAACGGAUGUCCUACCUGCCGAUGCAAACCACGUGUUGUGGAUCCUCCACCUGGAAAGCAUUGCCCACCCGUCUGCUUGAUUUUCUGUCCAUACGGGAACGUCUUAGACUCCAACGGCUGUCCAAUCUGCAAAUGCAGAGACCGUCCAGUCUGCCCACCAGUGCGGUGUCCCAGACCUUGCACUAACGGAUACGUCACCAAGAAUGGCUGCCAGACAUGCACGUGCCUACCUGACGUCUGCCGAGACAAAUGCUCGCAGCACUGUGCCAAUCCCUCUUACGCCUUGCCACCUGGCUGUACCUGCAAAUGCCCAAUAGUAGCUUACUAUGGGAUGGUGUCAGCUUUACUUGUGUUCGUGAGCUUGAUAGUCGGCGAAGCAGGAGCAGCUGUUGCACACCCUCCUUUUGACCAAUGCGGACCAGUGUGCGCUAUUGCUUGCCUCUAUGGAAACGUUCCUGAUGAAAGAGGAUGUCCAACAUGUCAGUGCAGAGAAAAACCUUUAUGCCCUCUUUUCAAAUGCCAUGCGUGUGCUAACGGCUACGUCUACGUCGACGGCUGUCAGACUUGUACCUGUCAACCAGACUGUGUACCUGCAGUUUGUCCAACCAUCAAAUGCGCAUACGGACUUCAACGAGACGAGAAUGGCUGCGAGAUCUGUUCGUGCAACCCAGGUCCAGUCUGUAAACUAGUGAGGUGCCGCAAUGCGUGUCCAUAUGGAUACCUGUAUCUAAAUGGAUGUCAGACUUGUACAUGCAGACCAAGACCAGAAUGUCCAAUGAUCAAGUGUGCACGCAACUGUCCUUCUGGAUAUGUCUAUAGCAAAGGAUGCCAAACAUGUACCUGUCUAAAUGUUUUCCAGUAAGUCAGCCUAUCUGUGUAAUAGGCUUAUGAUUGGCCUACCACCUAGCCCUCUGAAAACUCCUUGAAGACUAUCGACUCAUUCUGGAAGUGAAGACCUAGCUCCUCGCUGAACCGCUGAUGACAAACCUAUUAGCUUACCUUCUGACCUGUAGAAAUCUCUUGUGUCUGAUUAGAUCAUAUAGGUGUAUAAAAUAUACCUUGCUUUUAAACAUUACCAGAAAAUUUUCUUGAUUACUACUAUAUUUUUGUAGGAGAGAAGUGUUUAAUGAUCGAAGUGGGAAAUAAAGGGAUACAAAGUACACCAUACUAAAUGCUUAUAACGACAAGUAAAUAGGAAAAUGAGAGAAGGAGAUGAUAGAGGAUCAUGUAGCCGCCAAUCUUUUCUGAAGAGAUAACAACAACAACAACAACAACAACAACAACAACAACAACAACAACAACAACAACAACAAAUGUAAGCAAGAAGUAAAGAAAUUUGGCAUUUAUGUAGUGUAUUUAAAUCAAUCUGAAAUUAGGUCCCAAGGUCUGCUGCCUCAAGAUCAGAAGUAAUAAGUAAUAUUAAUCAUUUAUCUGAUUAGAGCAGUAUAAAACUUCAUUGGUUUAUACUAGAUCCCUAUUCUUAGUAGGUGCUCUAUACGUUUGGUAGCAGCACAUAAAAGCAUAAUACAAUAAAGUGUAUCUAUGUUGUCAAAAUAAAUACUUCUUUUGUUUGUAUGCAUACCUAGUCCUGUGAAAACCCAAAGCAAACCCAUCAGAAUUUUUAGUGAGUUUAUCGGGAUCGUCUGGUUGUGUACAGUCUCUGGUUGCUUCAAACCACAAGAUUUCCCAUCACUGUGUCGUGUGAAAACGGAAACAGGACUAGAUUUUCCCCCUCUGAUUAGACCUGCCUAGUAAAUCCAACUUUAUCAGCAACAAGAUCCCUGACAGAGGACUUGGCAAUCACCAAUCUAUGCUCAGGGACCAGAGUUGUUUUGUAAAUAGUUGUUCGAGGUCAUUUUUCUCAAAGCGGGCAGAAAAGAAUUAAUCACGUUGUGAAGUCCACACUCAACGACUGCAAGUGCCACCUGGAUUUUUAAUAGCUUUUUCCUUGCGAUUGACAGAAGACAUACUGUUAAUACCAUGAGGUCGCCACUACUUAACUACAACUCAGCUUUGUCCUUGUACCUUUUCUUUGCUUCCCUGAUGGCAUUCCGCACCUCUCUGUUCGUUACUUUUUUGUCAUAUACAGUUUCAGUAUAAAAUAUACACUUUUUAUUUUUUAA